CAGUGGUCUCUAGGGCCCGGAGGGGGUGUGGCCUAGGUACGGCGGCCGCGCGGGGCCUAGCUAGUUUGCCGUUCGGUAAAGGAGCCGGGAGCCGGGAUGGGGAGCGAGCAGCGCGGCGCAGCUGGGACCGGCGCGGCGCCCGAGGGCGGCCCCGUCUUCACCCUGGCGGAGGUGGCGAAGCGCAACUCGAGCCGCGAGGCCUGGCUGGUGAUCCACGGGCGCGUGUACGACGUCGGCCGCUUCCUGGGCGAGCAUCCAGGUGGAGAGGAGGUUUUGCUGGAACAGGCUGGUAGGGAUGCCACAGAGAGCUUUGAAGAUGUUGGACACUCCACGGAUGCCAGGGAAAUGCUCAAACAGUACUUCAUAGGAGAGGUUCACCCGUGUGAUCGUAACAUUGAAGGCUCUAAGGAUCCAAACACGACACCCUCAAGCCAGUCAAGUUUCUGGUCAACAUGGCUAAUCCCCAUCUUCGGCGCACUGGUCAUAGGCUUAAUGUACCGAUAUUACAUGUUGGAUGGGAAAUCCUCUUGAUCUGGCCUCGCUGGAACCUUGAGAAGCAUGAGAGCACACGCAUGCAAGCAAGAGCUCUGGGGUUUUGGUUUUCUUAAACCUUGCAUAUUUUGUUCUUAGCUUUGAGUCUGUCUAGCAACGGUGGUGUCUGCAGAGCCAAGCUAGUGUUAGAGAGUCUGUCCUGACUCUGGGAUCUGCUGCCCUGUCUCACAUUCUCCUCAGUGUCUUUGUAUGUGUUUUUGAGGUAGGGGGUGAGGUGCAGUGUCCUAAUAUUCCAUUAUAUAUCUGGUCUGUUUCCCUGUAAUAAUUAAUCAUGGGUAACUUUUAACACCUUUUUGUUAAUCCCAACAAUGUGGAACAGCUGCUAGCAUGUGAGCCUGUGAAAUGCCUCUGUCUUUCAUGUGAGCAUUGUCAAAGAAACUGCAAGCUGUCUACGAUCCCCUCCAGCAAGCGUUCUGUGACUGAGCAGAACAGCUUUCCCAGUGCACCCAGGCAACAGUAACAGGAGCAGCAGGAAAUUGCUAGCUCUUGUUGUCUCUUCAUAUAUGUGGCUGUGUUUAAAUGGUUAAGCAAAUAUAUAUUUUAAAAAUGA